AUGGAGGAAGAGGGCUCCAGACGUCGGCCUAGUGACGCUGUAUUGUGUGAAUGCAGUGUUCUAGCCGCACGAAGGACCACCAGAUCACGGACAAAAGCAAUCGUUGUGAAUCCCCGUACGUCAUCACAACGAAGAUUCCGAAGGUUUAUCGAGAGCAUCGUCCGAAAAGUGUUUGAUAAUCAACGCAAAUCUCCGCGGGAUAACGUCUCCGCUGCGUCGGCCACUCAAAUUCAAGCUGAUGUCACUCCAACCAAAAGUGCACAUUUGGCGGAACUUAAUGUGGUCUCCCCGCCGAAACGUACGGCUUCGGCACCAGCUUCGAGAUUAAAUGUGAAUGGAACUCUGGAUAGUAACGGAAACUAUGGAAGGAAGACAGCAUCCCAAUCUGACCUGAAUUACUCUUCAGAAUUGUCUGUGGCAUCUCCCACAAGGCAUGCCAUACCAGAAUUAGAUCUCACAUUCGACAAUUAUAAUGACGAACAGUAUAGACCUACUCCAAAACCUGCCCCGGUUAUCAGUCGACCUCUGCCACCCAAGCCACAAGCGCCUAAAGAACCAAUCUACUACCCACAAGGUAAACCAGUGCCUCAACUUCAAAACGACACUGCUUUACGGCGAGUCUGUGAGGUCUUCCGAUCAUUUCCCAAUCAAAAGUGUACACUGGAUAACAUGGCAGCAGUGUGCGAGGCCGCCGGAUUGCCGAUGUACUGGAAAAUGCCCGUUUUCUUGGCCAUCACGAACGACGAGGAUAGACCGGCAACCCAAGUUGAUUUCACUUCGUGGUGGAAGGCGAUGACAUCUGUUGCUCAUGACGAAUCGGCCAGAUUUGUGUACACAUUGACGAUGGGAUCCAGAAGUUAUCUUCAACCAGAAGAUUUUUAUGAGAUGCUCAUGGAUAUUAUUCAUACACAUCCAGGGUUGGCAUUCUACAGAGAUGCCACUGAGUUCCAUGAUAAGUACUGUCAAGUAGUCAUGACAAGAAUUUUCUGGAAUGAUGCGCAUUCUUGGUCUGGAAAGUUGACAACAGACAGAUUGAGGAAAGGCGGAGUGCUGCAAGCAAUCAGGAAUCUUCAAUUUGAUGAUGAUAUCAACAAGUCGCUCAGAUAUUUCAGUUACGAGCAUUUCUACGUAGUAUAUUGCAAAUUCUGGGAGAUCGACUCCGAUCAUGAUCUCAAAAUUUCAAGUAAUGAUUUGGCUCAACAUGCUGGAAGCGCUCUUGUACCGAUGGUUGUGGAUAGAAUAUUUUCUGGAGCAGUGUGCACGAAUCCAAACAGAGGACAACCUGUUGAAGAAAUUGGGUUGGCAGAGUUCACUCAAUUUUUAUUAGCGGAGGAAGAUAAGACUCAUCCAACAAGCAUCGAAUACUGGUUCCGAAUUCUUGACUUGGAUGGUGAUGGUUUCGUCACACUUUACGACAUGGAGCUCUUCCACACUCAAGUUCAAAGAAAGUUAGCAAACGAGGGAAUCGAUUCAAUGGCAUUCCCAGAUGUCGCAUGCCAGCUCAUCGACAUGCUCAACAUCCCUGGCGGAGCGAGUUCCUUUAGAUUGAGUGAUCUCAAGAAAUCAUCGUUGAGGGGACGGUUCAUUAAUACAUUUGUGAACUGGAGAAAGUUCUUCGCCCAAGAAACAAAUGAAGGAUCCGAGUCGCCAAGAAUCGAGGAUGAAGGAGGCCAAGAAUUGACGGAAUGGGAUAGAUAUUGUAUUGAAGAAUAUGAGGCCAUGAUGGAAGAUGAUCAAGCAGAUGCGGAAACUAUCAGCCUGAAUCUGGAAGAAGACGACGGUCGCUCAAGUCUAGCCUACCAUGAUGUUCUUUAA